GUAGAAAACGGACUGUCGCUGGAGAGCGAAAGAAGAGGAGAGAGGGGAUAAAAAGAAAAGCAGUGAAAUGGUGUAAAAGCAGAGCGAGUCCAGGCCGACUGAGGGGAGCAGAGGAAGAGGGACGACGCAGGAGGAUUUAUUCUUCUUUGUCUCCGUGUUGGUAAAGUCCGUCAACUCCCGCUUUUUGAUGCUGUCCUCACGGAGGUCUGAGCCAAUAACGGACUUAUUGGUCGGCUGAACCAUGCAGAGGCUGCUGCUCCUGAGUUUGCUGCUGAGUUUCCAAACUGUGUGGACAGCAAGAUUCUCUCAGGAGCCGGCAGACCAGUCGGUGGUGCGGGGCCAGAGGGUGAUCCUGUCCUGUGUUGUCUUCAACUACUCUGGCAUUGUUCAGUGGACCAAAGAUGGCCUGGCUCUGGGCAUCGGAGAGGACCUCCGGGCCUGGCCCAGGUAUCGUGUGCUGCGGGUCCAGGAGCUGGGCCAGUACAACCUGGAGAUCCUGUCAGCUGAUCUGUCUGACGACUCCCUGUACGAGUGCCAGGCCCCUGAUGCCGCCCUGAGGUCCAGGAGGGCCAAACUCACCGUCCUCAUCCCCCCAGACGACCCGGUGAUCGAUGGGGGCCCCGAGGUGCUGCUGAAUGCGGGGGAGUCCUACAACCUGAGCUGCGUGUCUCGAGGGGCCAAACCGCCUUCUAUGAUCGAGUGGCUUAAAGACGGUCUGCCUGUGGAUGGGGCUGCCAGCACCACCGAGGUGCUUCCAGACAGGAAGAGGGUGACCACACGUAGCUACCUUCCCAUCCAGCCCGUUGACACCGACACUGGGAGGAACUACAGCUGUGUGGCCACCAACCUGGCCAUUCCCACCGGCAAAAGCACAACCGUCACCCUCAACGUGCACCAUCCACCGACUGUGACCUUGUCCAUUGAGCCUCGCUCCGUCCUAGAAGGGGACAGAGUCACCUUCACCUGCCAGGCCCACGCCAACCCUCCUAUUAUGGGCUACAGGUGGGCUAAAGGCGGCGUGGUGCUGCAGGGUGCCAGGGAGAGCGUGUUCACCACUAAGGCUGACCACUCCUUCUUCACCGAGCCCGUCUCCUGUCUGGUUUUCAACGCUGUGGGAAAGACCAACGUCAGCAUCUUGGUGGACGUUCACUUCGGCCCGAUCCUGCUGGUGGAGCCGCAGCCAAAAACAGUGGAUGUCGACUCUGAUGUCACCCUCAACUGCAAAUGGGCUGGAAACCCUCCGCUCACACUCACCUGGUUCAAAAAGGGUUCAAACAUGGUUCUGAGUAACAGCAACCAGCUGUAUCUGAAGUCGGUGAGCCAGGCGGAUGCUGGCCAGUAUGUAUGCAAGGCCAUCGUCCCACGGAUUGGAGUAGGAGAGACUGAGGUCACCCUCACAGUCAACGGUCCACCCAUCAUCUCCAGCGAUCCAGUCCAGUACGCUGUGAGAGGGGAGCGAGGAGAGGUGAAAUGCUACAUCGCCAGCACUCCUCCACCAGAUAAGAUAGUGUGGGCCUGGAAGGAGAACGUAUGGGAGAAAGAGAAGGGAACGCUGCUGGAGAGGUACACGGUGGAGCAGAGCAAACAGUCAGCAGAGGGCGGCGGCGUCCAAUCCACCCUCACCAUCAACAACGUGAUGGAGUCGGACUUUCUGUCCAGCUACAACUGCACGGCCUGGAACUCGUUCGGCCCGGGCACCAUGAUCAUCACACUGGAGGAGAAAGAGGAGGUUCCAGUGGGGAUAAUAGCCGGUGGGACGGUGGGCUCCACCAUCCUCCUGUUCAUCUUUCUGCUGGUCCUCGUUCUUAUCUUCUACCGACAGCGCAAAGGCAGUCGGCGCGGGGUCACGCUGGGAAAGCCCGACAUCAAGGUGGAGACGAUAAACAAGGAGACCCACAGCUUGGAGGAGGACUCCGGCAGCGUGUCCACAGCUUCGCGCAUGGUCAAGGCCAUGUACUCGUUUCUCCCCUCUGUGUCCUUCUCUCCCUCCAAUCAGCCCUUUAAAGAUGACAUAGAGCUCAAGUCUGACCUCCGCAGUGACACCCUGGACACCCGCCAGGAGUAUGACCUAAAGGACCCUACCAACGGCUACUACAACGUGCGAGCCUCCACCCACGACGAAGUCCGCCCUGCGUCGCGUUCCACCAUGCACUACUCCGACUACCGCUCCCCUGCAGGAACACCCGGGGGAGCAGCAUCCAUUAGCAGCAGCACUGGAGGCUCUGGAGCAACAGCCAGCGGAGGAGCCCCUGGUCCCCCCGGCCCCCUCACCUCCCCCGGCCGCCCGCAAGCCUGCUACGACCCCCGGCCGCCCUCCAGACUGUCCCAUAUCAGCUACGCCCAGUUCAACACCUUCACCCGCGGGGGCCAGACCCAGCAGCCCCCGGCUAACCCCGCCCCCGCAGCCAGUGACUUCCCUGGGGACUGUAGCCUCCUGGACUCCACUUCUCAGCUGGCCUACGACAACUACGGAUACCCCUCACACUACCAGACCUACCGCAUGGGUUUCGCUCCGUCCAGCCUGGCCCCUCUGGAGGCCGGCCCAUCCUACGAGAUGUACGGGGUGGGAUCUGGGGUGGCGAGCCCUGGGGUGGGGGUCGGCCCGGGUGGCCCAGCUCCCUCAGGGUCAGAGACUGGACUCGGGAAGUACGGCAGCUCCACUCGCUUCUCCUACACCUCGCAGCACUCUGACUACUCCCACAGCCGACACACACAAAGGAUGCAGACUCACGUGUGAGACGGAGACGCAGAACCACCUCACAGUCUUAGCUGAGCAUGAGGAAGCAUCUUAUAAAUAGCGCCACACCUAAAACACACACACACAAUCACAAAUUUACAUGCACACAUUUUUUACACGCUAACACGACUACGCUCACACAAACACGACUACAGAACGCAAGAAAACAUCGCACACACAGCCAUGCACAAAGUCAGAAAACCAUGCCCGUGAGACAGGAAGGGUAUGAGAACCGCGAGGCACAGAGAGCAAAAAAAGAGAGGAGAAAAGAAGGAGUUUUAGUGAGACAGGGAAGGGAAAUCCAACACGGUUUUGAAUUCCCUCACUCCCGAUGUGUUUGUAUAUCCGAGCUCUGAAAGAGCAGACAGCGCAAGUCACAAUCAAGACUGGGAAAGAGAGCAAGAACCUGAAAGAGGACGAGAGAUCACAGAUCUUUGGAGCCCAUAGCCUUUGCUAUGAACUGACAUUGUAAAAUGAUGAGAGAACGUCUUAAAGCAAACUGACUGUCAAAUAUGGUACACGCUGAUCAGAAGAAACCUCAACCAGUGGAAGUCAUUUCUGGCCGCCAUUUUUCGAUAAUGUUUGUAUUAUUUUUUAUUUUUUGCUGGUUGUCUUAUUCCGUGAUCAUAGAGCACAUAUAUAUAUAGUAUCCCAAAAUGCCCUUCUGUACAGUGGUACUUGCCAUCAGGCCUGUUAGGCAGGGUGGGGGAGCGUGUUGGUGCUGGGGUGGGGGUCAAGAGGGUUUGUCAUCAUUUUGCACUGCAUCUACAGUAUUCAUGCUUAGACGUCCCUUAUCUAUAUCUGUGUUAUGUCUUCUUUUUAUUUGCACACCAGGCUAGAGCUUUGUAUUCUAUUUUUUAACAUUACAGAAUUAUUUUUGUCAAUGUAAAACGUAAUGUGUAUGUAUGGACCAAAAGUUUGAACGUGAGCGCACAUAAACUUGGGCAUUCGCCUGAGCGAGAUCCACUGAGACGGAGUGAGGAGCUGUGCCAACAGAAGAGCCUGAAUUCAGGAUGUGUUUCACAUCAGAAGGGUGCAACAGUGUAAAAAAGAAUCCUAGUGCCAAGUGUUCAUGUUGUUCUUCACCUUAGACCAUGUAUAUGCAGUAGACGCUCCUUCUAUUGGCGACUGUUGCUUUACACACCAGGCUCGGGGGCCUUGAGUCAUUCCCAGACAUUUUUUGUAGGCUGGAGCCUUUUUUCGCCGAGCUCUUAACUACAAGCCUGGUGCAGACAGAGAGAAAAACACAGAUGUUGGGUUUAGAACUGAGUGGCCUUAUAGGGGAACAUGUCAUACAUUUCCAUUUUGAAUCAUUCCUCAUUGUCUGUCUGCCAGAACGGCCAGAGGAGAAUGUGUACGGAGAGGUUUAAUGAAGGCUUGUUCACAAUAUUGACAUGUAGUAGUGUGUGACUGUGAGUGUGUGGGCGUGCGAGUGUGAGAGAGAGAGAGAGAGAUCAAGGGGGAGUGUGUGGGCGUUGGCGCGCACAUUGAUUUGUACAGUGUGUUUGUAUAGGUGGGUGAAUGAUUGUGUGUGUGUGUGUGUGAGUGUACGAGAAGCAUACUGUAAACACGCUGCGCUCCUCUUGAGUGUGUGCGUGACUAUUGUAUGCAUGUCUGUGUGUAUACAGUAUGUGUGUGCGUGUGCAUGUCUGUGUCUAAGUGAGUGUGUGUUUCAGUAUAUGUCCAUAUCAUUUCUCUCACAAUCCUGUUACAGUACUUUUAUACCUCUGGUAGGACUGUAUCCUGUAUUAUUGUGUCUUUGAAUUUAGAAAAAUCCAAUGUUUAUCUUAUUGUACUGUUCUUCGUAGCAGAGAAAACUGUUCAAAAGAUGUACAACGAACGUUAUCAAACUCUCAUUUUUUAAUUUCAUUAUCUUCAAUAUUUUUUAAAAAUGGUAUGUAAUUAUUUUUCCACAGUAUUACAUAAAUAAAAGCACUGUUUUUUAUAAAA